AUAUUAACCAUAUGAUGAUCAAGGGUUAGACAAAAGGCCCCUCAAAAUAUUUUAACCUCUGUUUUGUGUCCCAGUCCAGACGACACGUUAGUAUUGUUCCUCUGCAACAAGGCAUCUAAGAAUAUGUUCUUCUUCCAAAUUCCACUCGAUCAUGUAUAUCUUCUUCCCUUCCUAAAGUUGCAGUCAGCAUAUCUGAUAUAGAUAGUAUCGAACCACUCUUAUCAUCCGUCAAAAAGAUUCAUAUUGCGAGCGUUGGAGACGACAAGCAAAAGCCAUCAAGAAAGGUCUCUCGCCAAGGACAGAAGAGCUAGCAGAGGCUACGAAUUCCGGCAAUGAAUUCCGGUAACUCUCCACGAAACGACGGCGAGAAGUCGGACGACGGCUUCGUGGCUGUAAACGUCGCCGAACUCGGCGUUGCAGUUGAUCGCCCUCCUGCAACCCCACGAACUAUGUCAAAGAGCUUGUCGAGGAAAGGAGGACCACCAAGAAGCAGCGGCGGCGGCGUCGGAGGAGGAGAAGCUGUUUCCGUCCUCACUUUAGAUGGGCCCGGCGUGAAGGACAAGCCGCUCUACGUGGCCGUCGAAGGGGAGGCCGAGGUCGCGGCUUCAGCCGCCGUAAACAGACACAGACGAGCUGCCACCGGGCGGCGGCCGCCUGGGUGGCGCGAUCCCAGAAGAGUGCUUUUGGUCUUCGCUUCCUUGUCUUGCAUGGGAACGCUGAUACUCCUCUACUUUACUAUCGCCAUAAGCAGGAUGAACAACGGUACCAUUGUCGACGACGAUUCCGGGUGAUGGCUCAGGACUCCAGACCAACACUCGUGGCACGCUUCACAACUCCAUUAUUAUUAUUAUUUUUUUCUUUUUCUUUUUUACAUGAUCAAAAACCAUAGAAAACGUGUUUGAAAUUGGUCACGUACGCUUGAAUCCUGUUCCACUUGUUGCGUGUGUGAUGGACCAAAUCUAGAUAUUGAAGAUAAGGGACCCACGAGGAGUAGGCAUGGCCGCGAGAUAAGGAAGAAGCAUGCAUGUAGGGCUUGCAAAAAGGAGAUUACUUGAACGUGUAAGAAAGUCAAGAUUUUAGAGAACAACAUGCCUGCUUGUGUAGAAAUUUGUAUGUCAAUUUCCUUACCUACUAAUUUUUUUUAUGUUUUGGUGAGUGUAUGAUAUUGGUGGUUUGGUGAUUCCCUACUAAUUUAAUAGUUCAUCUUGGAGACACCAGAGAGAUUCUUCUA